GGUGCCAGAGACCCUCUGUUAGAGCAGUGGUGCUGCUAGAGAAAUGAAAGAGUCCCACGGAUACAAAGAACAUGGAAAUCAGGAAUGAACAGGAUUUUCUUUCUCUUGGAUGCAAGGAGUAAACGGAAGUUGUUGGCUGCAAGAACAUAAAGCGGGGAGUGCAGAUCCUGGAAAGAUACAGAUAGGAGAGCUAGGCCAUGAAAAUCUCUUGAAGGUUAAAGGACACAGAGUGUAAGAAGAGGAAACUACUAAAGUAGCACAUGCCAUUUGUAUACCUGGAUUAAAUGCAACAGUAUAUGUGACAGAUUCUAUAGAUUACAGAAGCAUAUCUACAACAUACAUUGCCAGAAAAGUGAUUCCAGUAAAUGAGAUGAUCCUUUUUCAAACAGUUAACUGAAAAAUACAUUUGCAUUAAUCAUUGGACAAGCUUACAUAAAUUGUGUUUGUUUGUUUUUUUACAUUUACGUCAGGCAAAUUUUACAACACAUUGCAGCUGUCACUGAGGAAGUUUUUGUUGGAUUCUGAAAGGAACUGGACUUUAAGAACAGCCAAUCCAUAUUAUCUGAAGUUCACUGGUAUGGUUAAGGAAACAAUACAAAUGUUUCUAAACUCUGUCCUUGUGGUCAUUACUGACCUGGCAGCUGGACUUCUUGGCAACGCAUCAUUUCGACGUCAUUUUCAUUUGUUGCUGUCAGCAUUGCUUUUAUUUGGGCCCCUCCUGAACCUAUGGGUUUCCCAUUAUAGUGUCUUUGCAAAGAGGACACAUUUUCUCUACAGGGUCUUCCUGCGCUCAGGUUGGGGCUGGACCUGCAUCUUUGUUGGCUCUUUUGUCUUCGUCCUGUCUUUCUCAGUUCGUCGCUCACUCACACUUUCCCUGAGACACCUUUCUCGGCUAGCUGUGGCAGGUGGUCUGUGGCUGGGCUUCCGCAAACUGCUUUGUCUGUUGGAAAAUGCCACCGGGAGCUGCUAUGAGCCCCUCAGUUCCACUUUUGACUUGGCUUCAGGGACCAAUGGAGAUCAACCUUUACUACUUUUACGAGAAGAUGAAACAAAGGAGGCCUGUGUCCGCUCUGGUAUGUUGUGGCGUGGCUAUGAAGUAUCUGAAGAUGCCCUCCUACUGUGUUUGUGCUGCCUGCUUCUAGCUGAGGAGACUGCAGUAUUUGGGCCCUACCUGAGCCUGGGUGGACCCUCUGGAGGCCCGCUGCGUAUCCUCUUCCUGUUCUGCAUCUUGCUGUUGAGUCUCUGGGUGUUCCUGCUGCUCUGCCUGCUGGCCUACUUCCCCCAGUUUCCUACUCAGCUUUUGGGAGGUGCCCUGGGUUGUUUGAGCUGGAGAGUGUUGUAUCAGGGCUGGUACCGACUUGGACCUAGUUGGUACUGCCCUGGGAGGCCAGGGGUGGGAGUUCUGUCUACACAGAGCAACCAGGAUGAGACAUCUGAGGCACUGUGUGAAACUAAUGCUAAUGAGAUCAACUAGAGAAAACUUCAUCAGAAUUUGGACUAAUUACAUGUAGUGGUGCUGCAGUGUACCAUUGAAACUUGCAGAAUAUCCCGCCAAAUCUCUGCCAGUACAGGAUGUAUAUUUGAUAAAUUAUCAAAAUUGCUGGUCUCUAUAUUGUUCCUUCAUGCAUGCUUACUAAAUUCUCACUGAGACCCUGAAAAUGAAAAAUUUAAUAUCCUGGUCGAGAACACUCUUCA